AAAUAGGUAGCCAUCCUUGGCCUUUCUCAUUUCUUGAAUAGAAGAGAGCACUGAAAAAGAGCUAAACCACAGCCAAAAGAUAUACUACUUCUGAAGAAUAAAACCAACUGAUUAAAGAGUCAUUUAUUCACAAAUCAAGAUUAGCAAGUGAUUAAAGCAAAAAUGGUUAGAGCUCCUUGUUGUGAGAAGAUGGGGUUGAAAAAAGGACCAUGGACUCCUGAAGAAGAUCAAAUUCUUGUUUCUUAUAUUCAAACAAAUGGCCAUGGCAAUUGGAGAGCCCUCCCUAAACUAGCUGGACUUUUGAGAUGUGGGAAGAGUUGCAGAUUACGUUGGACUAACUAUUUGCGUCCAGAUAUAAAGAGGGGAAACUUUACUAGAGAAGAAGAAGACUCCAUUAUUCAGUUACAUGAAAUGCUUGGCAAUAGAUGGUCUGCAAUAGCAGCGAGAUUACCAGGACGAACGGACAAUGAAAUUAAAAAUGUAUGGCACACCCACUUGAAAAAGAGGCUUAAAAAUUAUCAGCCUCCUCAAAACUCCAAAAAACACUCCAAAAACAACCUUGAUUCCAAAGCUCCUAGUACUUCUCGGACCUUCAAUAAUUCAGGCAAUUUUAGCAACAUUCAAGAAGAUAUUAAUGGGCCCGUGACCGGCCCGAACUCGCCACAACGAUCGUCUAGCGAGAUGUCGACUGUCACGGCCGAUUCAACGGCCAUGACGACCAUCACAAUCGAUAAUCAGAAUAUGUUUAAGCAAUUAGAUGAGAUGGACUCGUGUGAAAGUUUUAUUCCAGAGAUUGAUGAGAGUUUUUGGACGGAUGAUUUAUCCACGGGCGAUAACUCGAAUUUUGAUAUGGAGGGUACAGGUGAAGAAUUACAAGUCCAAUUCCCAUUUUCUUCCGUGAAGCAAGAAAGUAUGGACAUGGUUGGAACAAAAUUAGAGGACGACAUGGACUUUUGGUACAAUGUUUUCAUAAAGUCCGGGGACUUACUAGAUUUACCGGAAUUUUGAGGGGUCAAUUUGAUUGUACUACAAAAUUGAAGUAGUGGAAUGCCAGCUAAUUAUUGAUGCUUAGGCUUUUGGGAGGCAACAAGUUUGAAUCUUCAUGUUUAUUUAUUGACCUUUAGCUCUUGAUAGGACCACCAAAUACUCCUAGUUGAUACUUUCUUUCUUUUUAGUUAGGAUAAUCUUUUUCUUUAUUUUCUUUUUUUUCCUGUCUUAGUUUAAUUGGGAGAAAGCAUAGUGGAUGGUGAUGUGAAAAAAAGAAAAAUUAUGAUGGGAUAAUAAUUUGUAUUAAUUAGGAUUAGGGAAAAAGAGAUUUUAGAGAAAAGUCUUCAAGAAACUCUAGUCAACUUAGCUUAAUUGUAUGUGAAAUACAUCUUUUGUAACAUGACAUUAUCCAAAAAGAAUAAUUAAAAAGGAUUUAUUUUCAUC